ACAACUCCCGGCGUGCCCCGCGCGCCUCCCGGAAGUGAUCGCUCCGGUCGCCUCCGACCUCGGCGCUGGGCGGGCGCGCCGGGCCUGGGGAAGGGGCGGGUGCGGGGACCCGAUGCGCGGGAGCGGAGGCCGAGAUGGCUUCGGCGGGAGGCGAAGACUGCGAGAGCCCCGCGCCGGAGGCCGACCGUCCGCACCAGCGGCCCUUCCUGAUAGGGGUGAGCGGCGGCACUGCCAGCGGGAAGUCGACCGUGUGUGAGAAGAUCAUGGAGUUGCUGGGACAGAACGAGGUGGAACAGCGGCAGCGGAAGGUGGUCAUCCUGAGCCAGGACAGGUUCUACAAGGUCCUGACGGCAGAGCAGAAGGCCAAGGCCUUGAAAGGACAGUACAAUUUUGACCACCCAGAUGCCUUUGAUAAUGAUUUGAUGCACAGGACUCUGAAGAACAUCGUGGAGGGCAAAACGGUGGAGGUGCCGACCUAUGAUUUUGUGACACACUCAAGGUUACCAGAGACCACGGUGGUCUACCCUGCGGACGUGGUUCUGUUUGAGGGCAUCUUGGUGUUCUACAGCCAGGAGAUCCGGGACAUGUUCCACCUGCGCCUCUUCGUGGACACCGACUCCGACGUCAGGCUGUCUCGAAGAGUUCUCCGGGACGUGCGCCGAGGGAGGGACCUGGAGCAGAUUCUGACGCAGUACACCACCUUCGUGAAGCCGGCCUUCGAGGAGUUCUGCCUGCCGACAAAGAAGUAUGCCGACGUGAUCAUCCCGCGAGGAGUGGACAAUAUGGUUGCCAUCAACCUGAUCGUGCAGCACAUCCAGGACAUUCUGAAUGGUGACAUCUGCAAAUGGCACCGAGGAGGGUCCAAUGGGCGGAGCUACAAGCGGACCUUUUCUGAGCCAGGGGACCACCCUGGGAUGCUGACCUCUGGCAAACGGUCACAUUUGGAGUCCAGCAGCAGACCCCACUGAGGGGCUGCCAAGCCUCGGGGCAGGUCUCUCGCCCGGCAUGUGUGUUCAGGGACUGAGCCUGGGGACGCCCACCCACACCCACUGCUUCCUCUCGGCGCACCCCAGGGGAGUGUUAGCAGCGAGGCCUUCCUCACUCAGGAGUGGAAACUCGGAUGUGUCACUCAGACUCAACUUGCUGGGACACUGACAGGCGUUCCUGAGGUUUUCAGCCACUUCCUCAGGCUCGUUGCGGUUUAAAGAAAGAUCCCUCUAGGUCACUGAGAAAUGCCACAGAAUGUGCAGGAAGCCUGGGAGGCUUCUGUGAGGAAUGUGAGGCACAUUACUGGGGAAAUUGAGGAGACAGCCUAGACACUGGCUGGCCUGAUGUUUUGUUGACAGUGAACCCACAGUGGGAGAGAGUUUUUUCCAGUCUGAUCUGGUUCUUACACACUCACACACAUAACUCAAAAAGUUUUGUGAACAAGUACUUUCCUUUUUUACAUGUUACAUGUCCUCAUGUUUUCUGUUUUCUGUUUCAUAACACAAGGCUGGUUGUGGCCUACAAACCUAAUUUCAUGACCCAGUGGUUCGCAGUCCAGCGUGGCCUACACGGAUAUGGGGAGCCACUGAGGGAUGUUUUCCCUCCUUGCUUGUGCCUUAAAGGCAGAGAAGCGAGGCGGAUGCCCUGGAAGCCCCCAGCAUCACACCCAGGCUUGUGCGGGGCCAGGCUGGGAGCCCAUGCAGUAGGGCAGAAGGCAGCGGAGGCCAGGUCUGUCCCGGCUGGAGAACAGCGUCCACGCAGUCCUGCCUGGGGUCGGGCCCUCGCUGACCCUCACGGGAGCCCCCAAGGUGCUGUCUGUCUAGACAGGCUGUCCCACCCCAGGGUGGCUAGUGGCCAUAUGCAGGGAAUGGUGCUUCUGGCUGUGGCACGCACUGGAUCACCCAGGGCCCAGCAGACAUGGCCGCCCAAAGUCAGCAAGCCUCCUUUGUGCUAUGAUGUGGAACUCACAGCUUCAUGUGAACACCCGUGUCUGGGUUGCCUGGGGCGAUCCUCCCUCCUGCGUGGUGGCUGUCUCUGGAAAGCAUCCCUUGCCGCUGCCACGGGCAGCCCCAGCCCCCGUCCGUCCAGGCUCACCCACAGUAGUGAUGCAGACGUGACGUGGGGGAAGGGGCUGAGCCCUGUGGCUGGGUUCUGACAACUGUAACGGUUUUGUCGAGCUUAGGCCCCUUUGGAGGGAGAAUCAAUAAAUAACAAAUACCAACUAACUACAAA